AUUUUGACGACUAUUGUAUUGAUUGAAUCAGCUCGUGUCAUACUUACUGACGCAGAUAUUUUUCAGUGUUGACUUUUCAUCGCGUGAUCCGAAAGAACGCAUUAGUUUUUUAAAUCAAGUCGUGAAGUAAUGAUGUGCACAAUUUUCUUGAUAUUUUCACUGUUUUUUACUAGUGUAGAAAAAUUAAAUGCUGGUGCGAAUGACAAUGAAAGCGAUGAAGAAAUCAAGAAACCUUAUAUUUUGGCAGAAUAUAAAGAUGAAGAAUCGCCAACAGGUUAUCGUUACGAAUUUCCAACUUGUGCGAUCAAAUCGGAAGAAAACGACGAUAUAAAAUUCUCGUCUUCAGGCGACUCUUUCAAAAUAUUGUACUUUUGCUACCGUAUGGGGAUAUUCGACUGCGUUAAUGCAGGUGCUAAAAAAUUUAUGAACGAGUAUUGCGCAUUCGAUAAAAAGCCCAAUUGCGGCGUUAAAGGAAAUUACGAGUAUGUGAUGGAGAACGUAUUGGAUGAAGCUGGUGAUGAGAUGAGUUGCGCCCGGUCUGAAGAUAAUGCCAAGCUGUACCGAGUUGGAUACGAUUUUCAAUUCAUUGCGGGGGAGUCAUACAAUAAAGAUAUUUAUAGGUUUUGUUACAACAAAGAUAAAGAAAAGACGUUAUACGUGGAAUAUAAAAUCAUAUCACCCUAUUUAUUAAACAAUUCGGAAGUGAAUGAUAAAGAAUAUCACAAGGAAAUCGAAAUGACGUCUUUCGACAAAAAAGAAUUUGGAGAUUUGGAAAGGAAAAAGGCGUUCUACCUAGAGAAUAAAGCACUGGGGUUUAAUUUAUUAGUACCGCCGCAGCAUAUGGCCUUUGAGUGGUGGAAAGAGCCUCUUUUUCAUAUCGUUAAUACGCAACUGUUACUUGCAAAAUUCCACACUGAAAUGAACCUCAUCAAUAAUUACAUCAAAAGUAAAGCAAUAGAAGUAUUCGGAGAAGUAUUCAUCAUAGGUGGAGUAUUUGAUAGGUCCGAGGACACGUACGACUCGUAUAUUUGGUGGAAGUUGAUUUACAACGAAAGUAGAGAAUAUGCAAUUGCAGUGUUUAUCCAUAACCAAGAAAUCUCUCCUGAUGAGAACGAAAAACGUUGCGCCAAGGGACUAAGAUACUCUUGCUUUAAUUACGGUUGGAACGAUAUUAUGCCUUCUACGAUCAGAAAUUUCGGAUACUGUUGUCGCCCUGCUUACCUCGUCAAAAAGUUCAAUUUACCUCCAGCGGAAAUGUUUGACUUGAGUGAUCGUAAAUCUCUAGAAAAAUUCGCAGGCAAGAGGAAAGAUUGCAAUGCGUCGAGAACAAAUGAUUCGCAAAAUGAACAGACAGCAAAAAGACAAAAAAUUAAGGAUUUUUCUUCAACUAGUGAUUUAACAGUUGUGAAUUAAUCAAUUUGACUGCUUUACCGAUUUAUGAUGUUAAAAAUAGGUUGAUUUCAUCGAUAAUUAAAUACAAUUCUGUGCCCUGUA